UUCCCCUCCUGACCUCCUCUCAAGCUAUUCGAUACUCUUAUACCCGCUCGUCUAGCUAAUUUGCACAUAGUGGACCCAUUCCACGUCGGACACUUCAAGCAUCAUGAAUGACCUGCAUUCAAGCUUGAUAGCGUGGCAUCGUCUGACCACAGUCGCUGUUUCUACUGGAUGGCGGAUGCGCCACCAUCUCCCCGUUCUUUUUCUAUUUACGCCGCAGGACUGUCAUCUGACGGCCGUCGUUCUUUCUACCGGAUCGCGUAUGUGCCUCCCGUUUCACUUUUUCUUUUUCCUCACAUCUAUCGUCCGAUUCGUCCGACCAAAGUCACUCAUUCAUAUGCUCCUUUCACCUUUCUCUUUCUUAUUAUCGUCCGACCCAAGUCACUCCUUCGUAUAUCCAUUUCACCCUUCUCUUUCUUAUUAUAGACCGGCCCAAGUCACUCCUUCAUAUACCCUUCUCACCUUUCUCUUUCUUAUUAUCGUUCAACCAAGUCACUCCUUCGUAUACCCCUUUCACCUUUUUCUUCAUUUUCCGAUGCCUAUCUCUUCUUCCAAGCCUCGAGCCCGCCAGCUCACUCUUUCACUCUGUCCGGACCCUAGAAGGACCUGCCCCAUUCACCUUCGCCCAUUCGCGCACCGCGGUUUACACGCAGCUUCAGCCUAUCAUUAUUUCUGCCCCAGACUUCGUUCAUUCGCACACCACGAUUUACAUACAGCUCCAGCCUCUUAUUAUCUCUACCCCAAACUUCGCCCAUUCGUGCACCACGGUUUACACGCAGCUUCGGCCUAAGUAUUCCAUUAUGUCCUGGCUUCGCUAAUACGCCCACUACGGUUUUUUUAGCUCCGGCCUAUUUCAUUAUUUCUGCCCCGGACUUCGCUCAAUCGCGCACCACGG